CCCCCCCCUGGACAUUUCCAGGAAAGAAAAUAAACUGCUUUUGAAUUAUCUAUUUGAGGUAUUUAUUUAAUCUUGAAUUUUACACUGAAUAUAAGAAAGAAAACAAAAUGAAAUAAAAACAAAAGUAUUGGCUAUCAAUUACAAGAUUCAGGAAGCUCCCCUAAAUGCGCUUUUAACAGACCUAUGAGAUAACAUUAAAUUAUUACAUGCUAUAGAUGCAAAUUUUGCCCAUUUGCAUUACAUGUCAGUUUUUAAAUCAAACAAAUGCUACGAUUUUUCAAUUUUUCUAAAAGUGAACAAAUGGCACUUUAUCUGCAUUUCCACGUUCAUAACUCAACUAAAAAAAAUAACGUACGCCUACACUUUAGUUUAUCCCCUUUAAGGGUUGGUAAACAUGGAAUAAAGUUUUUCUCCUUUUACAUCAGUACACGUGUGAUAUGGACAGAAAAAAAGAAAAAAAAAACGACUACUUGCACAAAGUCAACGCGUACGAUUUUUGUAAAAGCAAGACACGGUACAAGCACUUCUUUUUAUUAGCGCCACCUAUCGCAUAACCUGAACAUCAUCAUGUCUGCCAGCGGAGGGGAGCUCUCUUCCGCGAUGCCCGAAAACAUCGAUGAUUCAAGCGCCAGAAGCGUUCUAGCAGAAGGUUUGUUGGAGCUAUUCAAACCCUGUGUUGAAGAGAUUGAUGACAAAGUAUCAGCGGUCAGGCAGAGUCAAGUUGACUUGCGACAGCAGAUAGAUUCCUUGGCUGAAGACCUAAGGAAAGUAUCUGAUGCCCAGCAAGUACCAGUAGAGUUGGAACCCUAUGUGAAGAAACUGAAUAAUGCCAGGCGGCGGGUGAUGUUGGUCAAUAACAUUAUACAGAAUGCUCAGGAAAGACUAGGCAAGUUACAGCAAAAUAUCUCCAAGGAAACCUCAAGGAGGAAGACUUUACUUCAGGAAUCUCCUACAGGCUCUUUGUCAAAAUGAAAUGACUGGGAAAGAAUAAAAUCAUGACAAGCACAAAAAAGGGUCUUAGUAGGGAUUUUCACUUGUGGAUCCAGAAUCUUGUUAAGGUUAGAGCCCAGGGUUAAAAACCGUCUCACAACACUCAGAAAAUAUGGUAUGUGGAGCUGCAAAGAUAGACAGAUUAUGCCUGCGAUUGUCAGCUCUCUAAAACUUCAAGUUUUAAAAAUGCAGAGAGACACUUCCUGUAGAGUGGUAAUAUUCUAUGAUCUGCGAACAGUCCGUGCAUUUACUUUCAAAAGAGCAUUAUGGAGCAUUACAAAAUGGUAAGGGAUUUUCAAUGGACUUCUUGAUUUGACAUUUGCAUAUAUUUUAUUGUGCAGUGGUGCUUAUUGACAGCCAAAAUAUCACCAAAAGUUGGUUUUACAAAACAGCUGUAGUCCUAAAAUUGGUCUGAACUUUAAGACCAAAAAUUUAGUCUAUUUAGAAUCACUUCAACAUGAAUCUAUUAAAUUCACUUAAAUAAAGUUUUAGUCUGAAACAUUAGCCAUGCCUUUCCUGUUUUAACACAGGUACAGUUUUAUUUCAUUGACUACUACUGAUUUAUCUCAAGUCAAAGAAGAUGAAAAUCUUGGGUCUAAAAGUUAAGACGAAUUUUAUGGCUAUAGCUUUAGUGGAACUGCUCCCUUCUGUAAUGUUUAUGGGCUUCUCCUCAUGUGACAAUCUUAUUAGAUGAAUGGAUAUACUGAGGAGGUUGUUGUCACUUUUUGUGGCAUUACUGCAUUUGUCAAAUAUCAUCAUAAUGCUAGUCAUCACUUUUUUGGACAUUGAGUUUUCAUUUCUGUUUAUACUUAGGUUUUGUUUUCGUUAUGGAAGAAUAAUUAUAUGCACAGCAGUUGUAUAGAGGGAAGCAUAUUUAUUGUUGAAAUUUCGGAUAUAGUAACAAGAAACAAGUCUCCCCUUUAUUGAGACAAUUUUUUUUCAUUUCCCUUCAGAAAAAGUGGUUAGGGGGUAUAAUUAAUAAAAUAAGGUAUAUUUUGUAGUUUUCAUUUAAAUAUUUUGCAAAAUGCUCAGAUGUGUUCAAAUAUUAUUUAUUUGUCACGCUGA